AAAAAAUCUACAAAGAUCGCGACAUGCGAGGACUGUACCAACACCUCAAGAGAUCAGUGGGCCUCAGCGGGAGACAAGCGGGGGGACAGCAGUUCGUCGCGGAUGAGAACGGCGUGUUGCUCCGGAACAGGGACGACAUCCUCCAGCGGUGGGCGAGAUUCUUCAGCACCCUACUCAACACCAAAUCCCCCACCCUGAACCCAGACAUCAUCGAACGAGUGACGCAGCGGCCAGCGACACGUGACACUCAACGGUUGGGAGAUGUGCCAGAACUCGAGGAGGUGGCACGGGCAACGAAAGGCCUCAAGAACUGGAAGGCACCCGGCCAUGACUCCCUCCCUGCUGAAUUGCUCAAGAUCGAUGACGACGAACCCUUCGUCCUGGGACACCUCCAUACCAUCCUCGUCAAGGUACUGUACAAGCAGGGUGACCGGUCCAUCUGCAACAACUACAGGGUGAUUUCGCUACUAUCUCACGUAGGCAAGGUUCCCAUCAAGAUCAUCACCAACCGUCUAAGCGCCUUCUGCGAAGCCAACAACAUCCUCCCGGAGGAACAGUGCGGAUUUCUACCCGGUCGAUCCACCGUCGACAUGCUGUUCGUCGUGCGCCGCCUCCAGGAGCUGGGGCGGAGAAAGAAAAUACCGCUCUACAUGUGCUUCGUCGACUUGAACAAGGCGUAUGAUUCGGUGGACCGAGAGAUGCUAUGGAAGGUGCUGGCCAGGGCCGGGAUUCCCGCGAAGCUGAUCGAAGUCAUCCGCCAAUUCCACGAUGGAAUGCGGGCCCGGGUGCGCAUGGACGACGGAGAACUAUCGGACUGGUUCUUCGUGACACAGGGCGUGAGACAAGGAUGUGUGCUGUUCCCACUGCUGUUCAACAUCUUCUUCGCCGAGGUCCUCGAGGUCGUUGUCAUCCGAUUCAGCGAGCCUGGUGUGCUUGGAGGAGGCGAAGACGGAAGCGGGGGGGGGGGAGGAGACACCCCUUGACCGUGUACGGAGGGCAGUAAGGGGGAUGCUGUAUGCCGAUGAUGCCGGCGUCGUAUCGAGGUCUGCAUAAGGACUGGCGAGAAUGAUGACCAUCAUCGUUGAGUUGUUCGGGGAGUUCGGGCUAACCGUGUCGGAGAAGAAGACGGAGACGCUCCUGAUGCGCGCAAAGGACAAGCCGACUACCACAUCACAGCCCGCCCCGCCUCCACCACUGACCAUCGAAGCCGCGGGACAGAAAUACGCCCAGAAGACCGAGUUCCGGAACCUCGGUGGCCUCGCAACGAACAUGGCGACCUCACCCGGGAGAUCAACUACAGGAGCAGAGGAGCGUGGGCGUGCCUCAGGCGAUAUGGCCGGGAGCUCUUCGACAGACCGCAAGCGCCAUUCCGACUCAAGAUCCGCCUGCUCCAGGCGGAGUCGAUGGAGGCACUGCUGUACGGCUGCAUGACAUGGUCACCGCUCAG